AUGCAAGCUAAACAUCAAGCGAUCAUGUCGUCAAACUGUCUCUGGUCGGCGGAAGAGAAAGCCGAAUACGGCAAUGGCCACUGAUUCUUGGCAACUGAAAGAAAGCAGACGAAUGUAAGCUCAAGGACACCAGACAAAUUAUCGAGCUUCCUUUGUACAUAGACACCGAAGUAUGUCAGUGGUGGUUCCAGGCAUAAGCAGUCAUUGGUGGCUAGUCGAAGUUGCCGAGUGGAAAGCAGAAUUGACAACAUUCUUCCUCAACAAUCCCCCUCGUAUCCUUCAUUGAACCAACCGGAACGAGAGCAUGAAUGGACAGCGUGCAAAUAGGAACGUUGUGUCGCCAUAGUAUAAAUUCGUCACGGUGCUCCAUUGAUCUCUUUCUUUCAGCAUCCGGCGGAUCACCUGACAAUGAUUGAAUGGCACCCGCUGAUCGGCCACAAUUUGCAAUCCACUUGGAAGGAAUCACGCAAAGAAGUGCUUCGCAUAUUGCACCAGUGCUCGAGCGCUUGCAUGCGCUACACUUGAGACGAUAGGAAAAUAUACUACAAUGCGCGGCCGAAGGACAAAGAUAUCGAGCGUGAAUGCUCUUCACACUUGAAGGUGAGUUGACCAAAACCUCAGACUCAGAGAUUCUUCGUUUGCUGUCUUUGGGUUCGUGGCUUUUGCGCAUGCGCUGACAACCAUUUCGUUCCCGCACUCUGCUUUGUAAGAUUAUGAUUCCAGCCAGCAAUGUCUCGGUCACCUUGAUCUACAGACUUGGCGACCAUGAGGGCCGGGUGACUCUAGAAUCGGUCAGGAAACCGGCCACGGUUAUGUGGACUAUCGCUCGUCAGAUAGUGCUUCGUUGUGGCAGCACCUGUAGCACUGCGUUCCAAGGUGAAUCACAAUCAUCAUGAUGUGUCCAAGAGAAAGCUGUACUUGUUUUCUGAUUGCAUUGCUGACUCGGGUUCAUUCACAAUUUACGCGAGAAGGUGUUGUCCGACUAUUGCAAGAAGUGGGAGAAGAUCCACCGGGUCACUCGCCAUCCUAACCGGGCCAUUUGGGCCAAGCAAAUCAAAAGACGCGCGUACGUGUUGGAUGUUGUUAUACAUACUCGCUUGCGGUGUGACAUGGAGUCAGAAGCAAACUCUGAGCCCUCCCCCUCCCCUCGGUUUGACGGAGGGGACUGAAGCUCCUCAUCCAGCUCCUCCUCCGCUUUGCAGUCAGUCAUUCUACUGUUGAUCUCAAUGACAGUUCAAAUUUGCUUUAUAUUGAGGCUGACACUCAUGUGUAUGCAGAAUCUGUCCCACUCGCGCUCAGGGAGAGUUUGCUGGAGCUCGAAGUAAAACCCCUGGGAUCGUCCAAGGUUGAAAUUUUCGUGCCUACCCCCAUCCUAAUUGAUCCUUCCAUCGGCACAAUGGACACCACUCAUUCCAAUUUCGAUCCUCAACGUACCACUCCGUUGGUUUCGCGAAACCCGCAAAACUCCCCAGCACCGUCAAGCGCAACAAUUGGUCUGAUGCCAGCUACGCCACGAAUGAGACUCCAAAGGGUCGUAAAAGGUCGACUGUCAGGAUCAUAGCCUGUACUGCCAUCAAUACUCGAAGGAUUUUUUUUAUUUUACUGGGGCUCAUAAAUUGCAAUCCUUCGGGUUGGCUGGGACCGCUACAAAAAGAGCUAAAAGAGGUUAUAAAGCAACGACGGCAAGCAAUUGGGUGAAAGUCAAACCCCUGCGCGCAAAGAGCGCUGCGCAGAUCAAAACCCGCCGAGCACCUAACGCGGACUCCAACGGGCGGUGA